AGCCAACACUUGGGCCACCGUAUGUGCUGAAUGCAACGCGAUGAUGGGCGAAGAGCCUGGCUGGGGGAAUGACGAGACGAAGCCACAACUCUUCCGCGCGACACUCACCCUCACACUGCCCUCCCGGUGCCCUCGCUCUGUGCCCCCUUGUCGAAUCUUGAAGAGUGUCCGAGAAGGAGUCCCAGGUAACACCUCGAGCCUCCAUCACUCAAGCGCCGGUCCUCCCACUUGUCGUUUGCCUACAUAACAAAGUCGGGACCAGAGACCCUGGGGAUCAUAAAGAAGUAAAGUGUCCAGUCCAACGUCCUCAUCGGCUCACCACCUUGAGGUUCCGCAGCCUUGCCCCAUAUCAUCCACUCUAAUCAAUAACCAUCAUGUAGCUAGGACGGCCACCUGCCCAAAGUUGGACAAGAUGGCAUUUCAACCCCCCACCGACCAUUUGGGUCCCUUUUCCCAUUCGUCCUCCCUCGAAAAUCCGCACCUGGGGUCAGCAGAGCCUUAUGACGACUCAAACCCGGACCUCCUUGGCGUCUCUUUCCCCUUUCCUUUUGGUUUCUGGCCAGACUUCUCUUGGGAUGGGAUCGAUUUCGACCAUUCACUCUACGCUGCUUACCCUUCCUCCUCUCGUGUUCUUGGGCCGACUCAUCAGGCAGCUCUCUCAACUCCAAUCCCAGUCCCUGUGCCCGCACCAGCACCGAGACUCUCCAACCCCUCGACCCAAGCUUAUCCGAAGGCUCAUGACAUCGUAUCUGAUCAGGCUCCCGACUAUCAUGCAUCCCCCAAUGCAGGACUAGCAUCAUCACUAUGUGGAACCAUUGGUCUACCCCGGGUGAUUGGCGUUGAUGCUUACUCCGGCCUGCCUCAAGGACUUUCCGGGAGUGGGGAACACGAUGGUUUCCAUACAGGACCUCCAGGCUAUCAACAGCCUAGCUCAGAGAGUCAUCACAAGGUCCGGGACUGGCGUUUCGUGGCGAAGCAACCCAGAGCAAACCUGAACAGUGCAAAUCCAGGACAGCACCAACAUUUAUACGGCGUUUUUCAUCCGAACCUCAGCCACUUGUCUCCAAACGUUAUUCAUACACCGGCAUUGCCAGAAGAUGCCUCAUCGUCCCAGCCAUGGCAGUCUGUCGGAGGCUCAGGACAUGGAAUUUGGACGGAUCAUGGAAAUGGAAGCCUUCUCAUUCAGAAAUAUGUUGGUGAGUCAACAGAAACAGAGAACCAAUGGUUCAGUCCUCAAGAGGAUCUCUGCGAUUGGGUGACACCAGUUUGCGAAGGACAUGACGGGCAUACCGUGCAUCAUGAGUCAACCGGGUUCGACCACUCCGUGGGGGUCCAGUCUCCUUUUGAUGGAUGUGGAAGCCUGAUACCGUACUCAACAUCACGUACGCCGGAGUUGAGAGAUGACCCACGAACCCCGUCUUUGUCAACAAAUGCCACCACUCCUGAGUCGACUGGUAACUCUGGCCCACUCACUCCGGAGCCCAGCUUGCCGAAUAGCAUACGGAAGAGCCAGCCAGCGACUUUCCAGUUUGUUCAGUACACUGCUGGAAGCGACACAGGUGAUAGGACCUCCAAAAAGCGGCUGACUUAUGGCGAUGAUGAUCAAGAUGGUUUAGCCAAUAUCGUUACGAAAGAUGUCUUGAGAGAUCAAGAAGGGACGGUUAAAGGCAUCCAGAUCGUCUUUCACCAUCGUGAAAAAAUCACCAAAAAGGUUCGACGAACAGAAGAGGAAAAGCGAACCAGUGCGUUAGCUAGAAAAAGAGGUGUUUGUUAUUGGUGCAAAGAGAAGAAGAGAAAGUGUGAUCUCCACGAGAAAGGACCGUAUGAAAGCUGCCGUGAAUGUGCGACAAAAAAGACAUACAAAGGUGUUCUGCGUAUGCCCUGCUUCACAUCGACACUAGCCGAUAUGCUCUUCUUUCGUGCAGGCCCGGCUGUCAAUGAACCACUUUUCAUUAAGCGGGAAACGGUCUUCAAGCUUGCAGAGUUCUCAAAACCAGACGUGGGCGUCAUUACGCUGAAGCUCACGCAAAACAUCGGCAGUCAUCAUUUGGUCGUAUACGCCUCCCAAUUCGAGCCAUUGCCGGGAGACAAAUUGUCAUACACGCCAACGGACAGAAGAACGGGACAAAAGCACGAAAUACCGAUGCCCCAUUUCUGUCUGACCAAUUACGAAAAGGUUCAUGGUCACAUAUUGGAGUAUAUCAACUUGUCGAAAAAGGACUACCUGCACAUGCUCAAGGAGGGUGGUGGUCUCACUUGGGAAAUUGUAUCAAUGGCCAUAAGAUACGCUGAAACAAAAAAGGGCUCACUUGUUGAUACGGCCCUUGAUCUCUGGGUUAUCUGCAGGAUGAUUGAAGACCCGUGGGAAUUACUGGAGGGCAAUGAACUCGGUGUUUCCCGUGUGAAUCUGCCUGGAACCAAAUUCCAUGAGAAAAUCCCAAUUCCUCCAAUGAUGGACACUCAACUGGACCAGGUCAUAAUUCAGUUUGUUCUGAAUCAUCUCCGAGGCAAGCUCAUUGGCCUGUUCGAGAAGAACAUUUCUCCAGCAAAGCCUGAGACUUGGUUCGAGACCUUUCUUGCCUCGUUUAUCCUGCUCACGCACAUCGAACGAUUGGCAGCACACUCUGUCCGACAUGCGGAGACCCACACAAUGCCGACCAAAUACUCCAACACCAAGUUCCUUGAGCAGGCUUUCAAUACUGCAAAGAUCAUCCUCUCGCGUUUCCACUACGCGUGUAACGGAUCUGUACCGCUUGGCCUUAACUGGAAAGCCUCCCAUGUCUCUUCAAUGGCCAAGCUUGGGCCCAAAGAAGUUGAGUUCAUGCAGAGAAUACAAAAGGCAUUCAAGGAGAGAGAACAUGAUCUUCGCAAUCUCCCCGCCAAACAUGAAUACGAGACUCAUGGGCAUUGGUAUCAUCAACUAUUCAUCGAAGACUGGGACACGUCCCCUGUUGAUGUAAAAGACCCGUACAAGUGACUGAACCCCAGAAUGGAGUGGGACAGGUUCCCCUUGUCGGGUGGGCGUUGAACGGGGACUCUGUUCUUAGCACCAGUGCCGGAUAUUGGAUAGACAAACUCUGAAAACUCCCACGCAUUGCGGCUCAAAGGAACCUCAGUUGCCACUACAUUUUCGGAGUUUGGUGUAGAUCGUGACGAAAGAAUUAGAAAUAUGAUACCCCCACUCGAACACGUACCAGCGUAGUUCAUUUCGGUGACUGCUGCCAAAAGUCAGCCGGCAUGGCAGCCUAAGAGUCUGAAUGGCAGCCUGGGGCAAGGGUGAAGCAAAUUACAAGUCAACCAUUCAAGACCCAUGGUAUAAUAUCCCGUUAUUGGUUCAUUCAGAUGCACAUCAAUCAGUCGACCUUUUUUUAUUACGCAAUGGGGUACCUACGCUUCGCCGUUCCAUCAGCCCUAUUUGCACGACGUAGG